ACGGGUCCGGGCUGCUCCGCCGGUCAAAGUGCGUGCGGACUAGUUGGCAAAGUUGAGGGCGGCGACGUCUCUGGGAACAGCUGUUUGCGUUCGGGGCGGAGGCGGCGCGCGAGCCUCGGGCCGCGAGCCAGCGAGCCUAGAAGGAGGGUGGAGGUUCUGGAUCUCGGGAGGGGACAAGAGAAAGAGAGAAGGCGAGCUGACGCGGGGACACGAGACUCGAGCGUGCCCUCAAGUCCCGUCGCGCUCUCGCCCCUUGUCGGCGACCUCCGCCGGCUUAUAACGACCCCACCUCUCGGGAAGCCGGAGGCCCGCCCCUCGAGGAGGGGCGCGGGGGAGGAGAGCGCGAACGCGGAUUGGGUCGCUGGGGCACCCGUAGUUGGGAGCGGCGGAACGCGGGCCCCGGGGACGGCGGGAGGCGUCCGCGCGCCGAGGCUCCGGUGGGCCUCGUGGUGAGCUGGGUCCCAGUUCUCCCCGCGCGGAGAACCUGAGCCUCGGCCGGGUUCCGGGGCGGCCCGCGGAGCGCCUGGUCCAGUCAUGGCAGACUACUGGAAGUCACAACCAAAGAAAUUCUGUGAUUACUGCAAGUGUUGGAUCGCAGACAAUAGGCCUAGCAUUGAAUUUCAUGAAAGAGGAAAGAAUCAUAAAGAAAAUGUGGCGAAGAGGAUCAGUGAGAUUAAACAGAAAAGCCUGGAUAAGGCGAAGGAGGAAGAAAAGGCAUCAAAGGAGUUUGCGGCAAUGGAGGCAGCUGCCCUGAAAGCAUACCAGGAGGAUUUGAAGAGGCUCGGCCUAGAGUCAGAGAUCUCAGAGCCAAGCGUGUCACCAGUUACCAGCACUGUCCCACCCACCUGUGCAUCAAAUCAGCAGAAAGAAAAGAAGAAAAAGAAAAAAGACCCUUCAAAGGGCAGAUGGAUAGAAGGCAUAACCUCUGAGGGUCACCAUUACUAUUAUGAUCUUAUCACAGGAGCAUCUCAGUGGGAGAAACCUGAAGGAUUUCAAGGGAACUUAAAAAAGGCAACAGGGAAGACUGUGUGGAUAGAAGGGUUAAGUGAAGAUGGCUACACCUAUUAUUAUAAUACUGAAACAGGGGAAUCCAGAUGGGAAAAACCUGAUGAUUUCAUUCCACACUCCGGUGAUCUGCCUUCUAGUAAAGUCAAUGAAAAGUCACUUGGCACCCUAGAAGAGUCCAAAUCAUCAGAUUCACAUAGUGAGUCUGAUGGCGAACAGGAAGCAGGAAAGGAGAAAAAAAAAGAAGAGAUCCCAACAGAAACACAAAAGCUAAUAAUAAAGUUUAAGGAAAAAAAUAAAAAUAGUAAUAAAAGAACUGAACCAGAAACACAGAAAGAAAAAAAUACCCAAGGGCAGAAUUCAUCAGGUCCAAGUGAAGAAAAACCCAAAGAAAAAAAUACCCAAGGGAAGAAUUCAUCAGGUCCAAAUGAAGAAAAACCCAAAGCUCAUAAAAAACCAAACCCAUAUGGAGAAUGGCAGGAAAUUAAACCAGAAGUUGAGUCCCAUGAGGAGGUAGAUUUGGAACUUCCAAGCACUGAAAAUGAAUAUGUAUCAACUUCAGAGGCUGAUGCUGCUGGGGAACCCCAACUGGUUUUUAAAGAAAAAACAGUAACUUCUCUUGGAGUCGUGGCAGACGGAGUGGCCCCAGUCUUCAAAAAGAGAAGAAUUGAAAAUGGAAAGUCUAGAAAUUUAAGGCAACGAGGUGAUGAUCAAUAAUUAUAAGAAAGCUUUUAAUGUGUGCUUUUUGGACAUAAUGGAGACUAUACAUCUUUAAAAGCUCCUCUGUGUUUGUUUUACAUUAUUUAAGUGAUAAAAAUUUAGACUUACUCUGAAUGUAUUUUAUGUGAAUUUAAAAUAAAUCUUUUUUCAUGUGAAAUUGAUUUUUGUUCCUAAAAUGGAAGCCUACCACAUUGCAUUGUAAUACAGUGUAUUAUCUUCAGUGUCUAAAAACUGGUAACCAUGUCAUAAUAUAAGAUGCUAUGUAUCUGUUA